AUGUGGUUCUAUUUCUAUCUAUUAUUCAUAAUAAGUCUGAAUUUAAAAUAUGCAAAUACCGCUGAGAAUGAAUUAAAAUUAUACAUGGACAAUCAAACAUUAUGUAAUCAAGAAAUAAUCAACUUGAAAAAUAUUCACAGAGGAAGAAUUUAUUCUCAUAUCGAUUAUCAUAAUAAACAUUUUUAUUUUCCUGAUAAUCAUUGUACAGUAACAAUCAAAACUAAAAAACGUGUAUGGAUGUCUUUAGAAUAUUUUCAAUCGAAUUCUAGUUCAUCAUUUCCAAGAUGUACUGAUGCUAAAUACGCUGGAAAUGAUGAUCGAUUGCAAAUUAUUGAUGGUUAUAAGAACGGUUCAAUGCUACGCAUUAUAUGUGGUAAAGAUACUGAUAAAUUUUUUGAUCGCACAUCAUUAAUUCUUAAAAGUUCAAUAUUUACAAUUGAUUGGAGAACUAAAAGUCAAUCGUUCGGUUUUGAAUUGAAAUUUGUUUUAUACGAUUUAGCAGUUGAUGGCCAAUGCUUAAAUUUCGAUCAGUUUCAAUGUAAAAACAGACGUUGUAUUGAUAAAUCAUUAAUAUGUUACGAUGAAGAUUAUUGCGGAGAUAAGAGUCAUGAAAAUAGCUUAGAAAAAAAAACUCUUUGUGCAAUGAAAAUGUCUAAACCAAAACUAAGUCAUGCACAUCUUAUAUUUUUUCUAAUAGCUUUGUGUUGCUGUCUAUUCCUAUGUAUUUUAAUAUGUUGUUUGAAAAAUUGUCAAAAGCAAAGUAAAAAUAAAAAGCGGGCAGGCGGUUUGUAA